AUGAAGCCUUGGGCUGGUGUCCACCUGAUUCUUUUCCUGGUUGCUAGUUCUGUGGAGGGAGAAGUCUCAAAUGAUGGUACUGGAGGACUCCAGGACACUGAAGCCACUUCUUGUGCACAGACAGAAGCCAGAAACUGCAAAGACCUCCUGGAACGUGGGGAGACCCUGACUGGCUGGUACAGAAUCUACCCAACUAAGGGGAACCCAAUGCUGGUUUUCUGUGACAUGGAGACAGAUGGAGGAGGCUGGUUGCUCUUCCAGAGGCGGCAGGAUGGAUCUGUCAAUUUCUACCGUGACUGGAAAUCAUACAAGAAAGGAUUUGGAAGGCAAGGAUCAGAAUUCUGGUUGGGCAAUGAUAAGAUCCAUCUUCUCACCAGCUCUGGAACACAGCAGUUGAGGAUUGAUCUGGAAGAUUUCAAUGGUUCCAAAACUUUUGCAACCUAUUUCAGUUUCAAAAUUGCAAAUGAAUGUGAAAACUACAGGCUGACCGUGGGUUCCUAUUUGGAUGGCAACAUGGGUGAUUCUUUCUCAGGACAUAAUGGCCUGGCAUUCUCUACUAAAGACAAAGACAAUGAUGGCUUUGAACCCGCAAGUUGUGCUGCAAAUUACAAGGGAGGCUGGUGGUAUGGUGCCUGCCAUUCUUCCAACCUGAAUGGCCUGUAUCACAAAGGGGAACAUACUUCUUAUGCUGAUGGCAUCAACUGGUAUACUGGGAAGGGGUAUCAAUAUUCUUACAAGUAUGCGGAUAUGAAAAUUAGACCACAAUAA